CAAACACAGACGCAGCAAAAGUUAGACUGAACAAUUGAAAUCAAUACGCCGUAUUGCCGUGGCAGCAGAAAACCCCUCGUAGUGCCCUGCGGGAAUUGCGAUUCUUUGCUCCGACGCUAUCGAUUCCACCUUGUCGCGCAGGUUCAGUUGCUUUAGAUUGCCAUUCGAACCUGUAAUUGAUGGAGGUGAUUCUGCUGGAUGUUUAUGUGAGCAUGUUUGGGAUGAGGGUUAGGGUGGCAUUGGCUGAGAAAGGGGUCCAGUACGAGUACAGGGAGGAAAAUUUGGCCGACAGAAGUCCCCUUCUCCUACAGAUGAAUCCGAUUUACAAGAAGAUUCCUGUACUGAUUCACAACGGGAAUCCUGUUUGUGAAUCGUUGGUGAUAGUUCAGUACAUUGACGAAGUGUGGAAAGGCGAUUCUCCCCUGUUGCCUUCCGAUCCUUAUCAGCGAGCUCGAGCUAGGUUUUGGGUCGAUUUCAUCGACAAAAAGUUAUUUGAUGCUGGGAGAGGAAUAUGGACAAGAAAAGGGCAAGAGCAAGAAGCAGCGAAGAAGGAAUUCAUUGAUGCCCUUAAGUUGUUGGAAGGCGAAUUGGGGGACAAACCUUACUUUAGUGGAGACACCUUCGGGUUUCUUGAUUUGGCCCUCAUUAGUUACUACAGUUGGUUUGAUACCUACGAGACUUGCGGAAGCUUCAGCAUCGAGGAACAUUGCCCCAAAUUGUUGCCGUGGGCUAAGAGAUGCAUGGAACGAGAGAGUGUCUCCAAGUCAUUGGCUGAUCCUAAGAAGGUUUAUGAAUUUGUCCUGAUGAUGAAGAAGAAGUACGGGAUCUAAUAUUAAACUCUCAAGCUCCCAUGGGUAGGCUGAGUUCUACUGUAUGCAUAUAUGUGUGUUAUGUAUUUGUAGGGGGAAUUACCUUCUUGUCGAUGAAAUCUGCCCAAAACCGUGCUCGAGCUUUUCCAUAGGCGUCGGAAGGAAGGAGAGGGUGUGGGGUGCUAUGCACAUCAUCAAUAUACUCGAGUAUGUUGAGAGACUCACAUAUUGGCUGUCCAUUGUGUAUCAGGACGGGGAUCUUCUCGUGCACUGGAUUCGUUCGGAGGAGGAGUGCACUUUUCUGGGGUAAGUCUUCUUCCCUGUACUCGUAAUUGAUUCCCUUUUCUUCGAGUGCAAUCCUGACUCUGGACCCAAACAUGCUUGGCAUGAAAUCCAGCAGAAUCCACUCGCCUUCGCUCAUCGUCGUCAUCGAUGAUGAUACUAGCUGCUUCAUUGGGACAUGUAUGUAUGUAUGUAUUUGUAGGUGUGUUAGGACUGUUUGAUGAUUGAGGAAUCUGUGUCUGUCUGGAAUUUCUUGUUUCAUGGUUUGGAUUAAUUUGAAUUGACCGAGGAGACACACCGAUCGGUUUGCCCGCCCCCACAUUGUGAUAUUUUUGGCUUUUUUGGUCA